AUGGAGAACAAUUUCGAACACACAAGCGCGACCACAAGGGAGUUUACACUCGAAUUCUUGGAACAAAUUACCGAUAAGUUUUCUGAGGAGCACAUCAUUGGUCGUGGUGGGUAUGGAGUAGUUUACAAGGGAGUAUUGGAAAAUGGGGAAGAGAUUGCUCUCAAAAAGCUUCAUCACAUGCCGGGACUUGACGACACGCAAUUUAGGAAUGAGUUUAAUAAUCUUAUGAGGGCCCAACAUCCAAAUAUUAUCCGGUUGGUUCGCUAUUGCUAUAAUCUAGGACAUCAACGCAUUAAGUACGAUGGUGAAUAUAUUUUUGCCCUUGUGGAAGAAAGAGUUCUUUGCUUUGAAUAUUUGCAUGCUGGAAGCCUUGACAAACAUAUUUCUGACGAAUCUUGUGGACUCGAUUGGCAGGCACGUUUCAAAAUUAUUAAGGGAGUUUGUGAGGGUUUAAAUUACCUUCAUAAUGGAUCCAGAGAUCCUAUUUACCAUCUUGACUUGAAACCUGCAAACAUAUUAUUAGACCAGAACAUGGUCCCAAAAAUUGGAGAUUUUGGUUUGUCAAGACUUUUCCCUUCAGUACAAACCUAUAUCACUAUUAAAAUUAUAGGAACACCCGGAUACAUGCCACCAGAAUACAUCGAGAGAUAUGAAAUCACAUCAAAGUAUGACGUAUUCAGUUUGGGUGUUGUAAUCGUGCGGAUAGUGGCAGGAGAUGAAGGCUACUCCAAAUGUGCGCAUAUGUCUUCAUAA